GCAGCCCGGGCCCCGCCGGUCCCGUGAUUCGCGGCCACAGUUGGACCUCGGCCCUCGGAGCUCCGCGCUCCCGCCGGCCGGUCCGUCCGCGCUCCGCGCCGAGCGUCCCGCCGUCCGCGCAGGGCAGCGCCGCGGUGCAGAGGCGACAGGAACAUGGCGUCCCAGGAGGAAAAGCCCGGCCCCGGCCCCGCCGUCCGCCGGGCCCCGCGCCCCAGCAUGAGCAGCUUCCUGCGCCAUUUCACCGUGGUUGGCGACGACUACCGCGCCUGGAACGUCAACUACCAGAAGUGGGAGAACGAGGUGGACGAGGAGGACGAUGAGGACGAGCCGCCUGCCGAGCCCGGCCCGGGGGUGGAGGGCAGCACCGGGGACGCCGAGCCAGGCCCCCGCCCCGCGCCUGCACCCGAGCCGCGCCGAGACUUCAGGAGCCGCCUGCGGAAGCUCUUCAGCUUGCACAGGUUCCAGGUGUUCAUCAUCUGCCUGGUUAUCCUGGAUGCCCUCCUGGUGUUGGCCCAGCUCAUCUUGGACCUGAAGAUCAUCCAGCUUGACAAGAACAAAUACGCGGUGCAGGUGUUCCACUACAUGAGCAUUGCCAUCCUGUUCAUCUUUGUGGUGGAGGUUUUCCUGAAGAUCUUUGUCUUCCGCCUGGAGUUCUUCCACCACAAGUUUGAGAUCCUGGAUGCCAUCGUGGUGGUGGUGUCCUUUGUCCUGGACAUCGUCUUUGUGUUCCGGGAACAUGAGUUUGAGGCCCUUGGCCUGCUGAUCCUGCUGCGGCUGUGGCGAGUGGCCCGGAUCAUCAAUGGGAUCAUUAUCUCGGUGAAGACCCGUUCGGAGCGGCAGCUCCUAAGGUUGAAGCAGAUGAACAUUCAGCUGGCCACCAAGAUCCAGCACCUGGAGUUCAGCUGCUCCGAGAAGGAGCGAGAGAUCGAGAGGCUGCACGGACUGCUGCAGGGCCACGGGGUGCUGGGCCAGGCCUAGCGCCGCAGUGCACCCGGGGGGCCCGGCCAGCAGCAGAUCCCCGCCCGGCACAUUGCCUCCCA